ACCGUACAUUAUACUACUCGGUGUUGCAGUUGUGCUGACUUUCCUAGUUCCUUCCUUCCAAUAACAGUGUUCAACCCAACCGAGUGAGAGAGACAGAGACAGAAUCUCUGCAACGUGUAAUUUUCACUUACAAAUACUACAACUAUUCGCUAACCUCCUUACCUAUCAUCAUCUUCAUCUUAUCUUAUGCAUUACUGAGUCAUUUCUCUCUUCUCUCUGCUGCGACACACACAGGUUGUGUUUCUUCAAAACAUCUGCGAUCGUUUGUUGGUAUAACUGCUGCAUAUAGUAGCUUAUCAACAAGGUGACCGUGUCCGCAUAACUGUAUGUUGCUAUGCUCGCGUUCUGAAUGACCAACGAGUGACCUGAAACAGUUGGUAGAACCUCACAAUUACAACAAUCACAAUUGUUUGUAGAUGCAAACGUCCCAGAAACACCCUAAUUCAGCUGGUGUGCAUUUCUAUCACCAACCUGUGCAAGGCAUGUACCAAAUAUUGCAAAGCAAUCUAUGUCGCGAUAGCAGCAGCCAGGACACUAGUCUUUCUUUUGAAACCUGCAAGGAGCAAUACUAUACCCUUGAAUCAUGCCCUGCAUCCACUGGUUUCAUGGAUUGUGAUUCUCCAUCCUAUGCUAGUGUAUCAUCUAACAGGACUCCAGUUUCUCCACAAGGUUCUCAAUCAUGUUAUUCAGACCCCCACCCAUUAUCUGACAACACCUAUGGAUCACCAAUAAGCGGGUUGUCUAGUGUUGAUGAUGGAAAUGAACUCAAGCACAAACUUAAAGAACUGGAGAUUUCGUUGUUGGGACCUGAUGAAUCAGACAUUGUUGACAGUUGUGGCUGCUGCAUCAACAGUGGCCUCCAUGGAGCACCUAAAUUGGCUGAAUAUAACUGGGAUCAGAUGGCAGAAAAGAUCCCACAACUUGACUUGAAAGAAGUCCUCAAGCUAUGUGCACAAGCUGUGUCUGAUGAUGAUAUUCCAACAGCAAGAGGUUGGAUGGAUAAUGUGUUGGGGAAAAUGGUAUCAGUUGGUGGAGAUCCAAUCCAGAGGUUGGGUGCUUACUUGCUGGAGGGGCUAAGAGCAAGGUUGGAAUCAUCAGGGAAUAUGAUCUACAAAUCCUUGAAGUGUGAACAACCAACAAGCAAUGAAUUAAUGAGUUACAUGAGCAUCCUGUAUCAGAUUUGCCCAUACUGGAAGUUUGCAUACAGAUCAGCAAAUGCUGUCAUUGAAGAAGCAAUGGCAAGUGAAACAAGAAUUCACAUAAUUGAUUUCCAAAUUGCGCAGGGCUCACAGUGGCAUUUACUUAUCCAAGAUCUUGCAAACAGGCCUGGGGGACCCCCUUCUCUCCGUGUAACAGGUGUUGAUGAUGCACAAUCGUUUCAUGCUCGAGGUGGAGGACUCGAGAUUGUAGGGGAGAGGUUGUCAAAUUUUGCCAAAUCUUGUGGAGUUCCAUUUGAGUUCCACAGUGCUGCAAUGUCUGGCUGUGAGGUUGUGCGAGGAAACGUUGAAAUUCGACGUGGGGAGGCUCUUGCUGUGAACUUUCCUUAUGUAUUGCAUCACAUGCCAGAUGAGAGUGUGAGCACUGAGAACCACAGAGAUAGGUUGUUGAGAUUGGUGAAGAGCUUGUCUCCCAGGGUUGUUACCAUUGUUGAGCAAGAAUCCAACACCAACACUUCUCCUUUCUUUCACAGGUUUGUUGAGACAUUGGACUAUUAUGCUGCUAUGUUUGAAUCAAUUGACGUGGCUUCCUCCAGAGAUGAUAAGAAGCGGAUUAGUGCGGAGCAGCACUGUGUCGCACGUGACAUUGUCAACAUGAUAGCUUGUGAGGGGGUUGAGAGGGUUGAAAGGCAUGAACUUUUUGGAAAGUGGAGGUCAAGACUCUCCAUGGCUGGGUUUAAACAGAGCCCAUUGAGUUCUUCAGUGAUGGGUGCUACCCAAAAUCUCUUGAAGGACUUCAAUCAAAAUUAUAGGCUUAAACAUAGAGAUGGUGCUCUUUAUCUUGGCUGGAUGAAUAGACCUAUGGCCACCUCUUCUGCUUGGAGAUGAAACUUACUGGUUCCAGCUUUGGCCUCCUUUUUGACCUCUUCACUUUAGCAUAGUUCACGCUAUAUAUAUCCCUAGUGUCUCCAUAGGACUUUAGAUUUCUUUUCCAACACGUGCACUUUUGUGGGUUAUGCGGCUUCACGCAGAGUGUCUAAACUUGUUGUAAAUGUCAAUAUUGAAAUGAAAGGGGAAAACCCUGUGUUGUGACUUAAUGUGCUGUUGCAUAUGGCCGCUUCUUUACUUUUGACUGUCACGCAUCCAUCGAGAGUUGCAACAACCCUAGCUCACUCCCUCUUCUCUUUUAAUUCAGAUCCCAAAUCCCCAAUUCAAUUCAUUCCCAUGUCUUUCCCUUCCCACCCCAUUCCCAUUCCCAUCGACAGACACAUAUUACCAGAUUUUCUUCAGAGCGUCAAGCUCAAGCAUCUCAAUUGAACACCCAUGCCUCCACCUACAGAUUUCAGCCGAUUUGCUCUAGUGAUUUGUUAUAAGCCAAUAUUUUUGCUUAAAAAAUCUCGACUGUAUCGUCAUGCUUGUAGUUGUAGUAAAUCGAGAGAGGAUUUAGAUCCGAAAUUUAUCUAGUCUAAAUUGUUUUUAAAAAUAUUAUGAAAAAAUAUUCAAGCAACUAAUUUAUUUUGUAAGUUUCAUUAAUAAUUUAAAAUUUUAUUUACAUGAAUAAUAUUAGCAUGGUGUGUCUAAGAUCUUACAUAUUUAAAUAAAUAUUUUUUAAUAUUAAUAUAAUUUAUACGUAACUUAUCAGUAAAAAAAAAGUAAAAAUUUAUUUUCAUUAAUUGUGAAUCACGAAAAAAUUGCAUUAAUUAGAAUUCUAAUAUAAAAUUGCGAGUUAAAGUGAAAUAAUCUUAUAUUAGUUAAUCAGUGUAUUAGUAGUUAAAUGGUUAUCUUAUUUAAUAUAAUAAUUUUUAUUUAAUUUUUAAUAAAAGAUCAAUAUCUCGUUCUAUAGAAUAAUAAAAUCUUAAUAAAACAACUAACAAGUAUUCAACUAGGAGUUACACUGUAACCCCUUCAAAAUUGUCAAACUAUCAAAUUUUAAAAUUGAUUGAAAAAAUAAAUUAAACGAAUUGUGCUAAUUUGUUUAAUUUGAUUUGUCUGAUAAAUGAAACAGAUGAUAACUUUCCUUCGUAAAUAUAUGAAUAAUCACUUCAAUAUGAAUAUUGUAUACCUGAAUUCAAUCAACUUUGUUAAUUAAUUUGAAGUAUUAUACUUGCAUCUCAAAUAACAUAAUUCUAUAAAUCAAAUAUUUGUACUAGUUAUUGGUUAAAUUGUUGUUAGUUUAACUUUAUAAGAAAAAUAUCUAUCUGCUAACGGGGAACAUUAAACUAAGAGGAUUUGU